AUGGCGGCAUCAUCUAAAAAUGAUGAUACUAAAGUCUCUCCAUCACUUGGACUUGCCAACGUCACCAGUGAAAUCGACGAUGAUGGUCAAGUUGAUGGAUUCGAUGAUGCGUACCUGCAAGCUUCGAAACCUACAAAGAUUUACAGGGGUGUGCUAUUCCAAAUGAUCUUAUUUGGAGCCCUCUCAUUCGUUGGUCCAGCCAUGUCCGACGCAAUAUCCAACCUCGGGGGUGGUGGUCUCUCGACUCCAUACCUGGGAAACUUGGCAAACGCGCUCGAUUAUGCCUCCUCGUGCUUCAUUGCUCUCUUUGGUGGCCCACUGAUAAACAAGUUCGGUAUCAGAUGGUCGUGUAUGAUUGCUGCGGUGGUGAUGCCUCUGACAGGGUCUGCUUACUACGUCAGCGCAAAGUACAGUGUAGACUGGUACUUGCUGUUUGCAAAGGUUGUCGGAGGGCUCACUGGUGCUUUCUUAUAUGUUGCUGAGACUACAGCGAUGCUGUCAUACCCACAGCAAGAUGAUAGGGGUUUCUAUUUGGGCAUAUGGUCCGCCAUGAGAAGCUCGGGCAGCGUCAUGGGUGGUGCAAUCAACUUUUCCACAAAUUACUCCAAAUCAUCCGAGGGAGGAAUUGCGUGGUCUACGUAUCUCAUAUUUGUUGGCUUCGAAUGUACUGGUGUGAUUUGGGCUUUUCUUCUGUCGCCAACCCAGCGUGUACGACGCCGCGAUGGAUCUAAAAUUGCCAUGUCCAGUCGCAUUACCUGGAAGCAGGAGUUUGCUGCCCUCCUAAAACACCUGCAGCGUAAGAAGACGUGGCUGCUUUUCUUGCCGGCUUUCUAUUCUUUCUUCUAUGGCGGAACGAUGGGAACGUAUCUCUCGCUGCACUUCUCAGUGCGAGCACGUGCCUUGUCAUCUCUCAUCAUUCCAUCGGUGACCAUUCCGAUCGUGAUUGCCUACGGAAAGUUGUUGGACCUUUCGCGGUGGUCCCAAACUAAGAGAGCAUGGAUUGCCUUUGCACUCUGGGCAAUUCCCCAGGCCGGCUGCUUUAUCUGGAUCGGUAUCAAAUACAGCCAGUUUGGAUCCGCCACGUUGGGGCUGGAUUAUGAACUAGAUCGCGGAACAUGGGCUGUGGCUUACGUUCCUUAUCUUAUCAUCUUUGUGACUGGAUAUUGGACUCAACUAUCCUUGUAUUGGAUUAUGGGAACUUUCUCUACUGACAUUGGAUCUUCCUCUCGAACUGGUGGCUUGUUCAGAGCGUUCGAAACAGCUGGCCAAGCUGUGUCUUACGCCAUUAACUCAAGCUCUGGUGCUGACCCUAUAGUACCCUUCUACGUGAACUUUGCCAUCUUGAUCAUUACUGUUCCUUGCAUGGUAGCUCUCAUCCGAAUGGUACCAGAGGCUCCAUGUAGCACGGAUAUUGAUGCAGGGAAUGCUGUGGUGAUUGAAGGGAUACCAGCCAAGGACACUGGGACCACCAGUAAUUAG